GCUCUCAUGUUUUGAACGCGCAUCAGUCGGAGAGAGUCCACCAUGUCCACCGGGUCUCUCAGCGAUGUCGACGACGAGCUACUGGACGGCAUCCUGAAGUUUGGCUCCGCCGAGAAAGACUCAAAUGAGAGCACAGAGGAGAGCUCCAACUGCGAGGGCGCGUCUGCAAGCGACGAGCGGAGAGAGGCACCGGGCAAGAAAAGGAAGACCGCGUCCCGGAAAACGGCACCCAAGGGUGUGGCACAGCCGGAGGGCAAGCAGGUGCAGAGGAACGCGGCCAACGCCCGAGAGAGAGCCAGGAUGCGCGUCCUGUCCAAAGCGUUCUCCCGGCUGAAGACCACCCUGCCCUGGGUCCCACCGGACACCAAACUCUCCAAACUGGACACGCUGCGCCUGGCGUCCAGUUAUAUAGCGCAUCUCCGGCAGAUUCUGGCCAACGACAAGUACGAAAAUGGAUAUAUCCACCCCGUUAACCUGACGUGGCCUUUCAUGGUUGCAGGUAAGCCUGAGAACGAUUUGAAGGAGAUGCUGAACACAACCAGAUUAUGUGGAACGACGGCCUCUUGA